AUGUCGUCCACGUGAUCCACGUCCUCUGCCAUGCUCAGCUGUUACAAGCUGUUAGAAGCACUUAGACGUGAAUGAUUUCAAAUUAACUUGCUUUUAUCUUGAACCUAAUCGUGUUGUUCAUGUUUUGCUAACUAUAUUUUUUCGGUUACCAAAAUGACUACAACUACGAUUCCAAAGGUUUCAGGUGCACCAUCUAUACAAGAAUUUAGCAUCAGAGUACCAAAAAAUAAUAAGAAAAAACACAAUGUGAUGCGUUUUAAUGCAACAUUAAAUGUCGAUUUUUCAAAAUGGUCACAAGUAAAGAUGGAACGUGAAAAUAAUAUGAAAGAAUAUAAAGGACUAGAAGAAGAGAUGCCAAAAUUUGGUGCUGGGUCUGAAUUUGGAAGAGAUGCAAGAGAAGAAGCUAGAAGAAAGAAGUUUGGCAUUACUAGUAGGAAGUACAAGCCAGAGGACCAACCAUGGAUUUUAAAAUCUGGUGGAAAAACAGGGAAAAAGUUUAAAGGUAUAAGAGAAGGCGGUGUAAGUGAAAAUGCUGCUUAUUAUGUUUUCACCCAUGCUGCUGACGGAGCUAUAGAAGCUUUUCCAUUACAUGAAUGGUAUAAUUUUCAACCCAUUCAGAGAUAUAAAGCAUUGAGUGCAGAAGAAGCAGAACAGGAAUUUAGUCGUAGGAAUAAAGUAAUCAAUUACUUCUCAUUGAUGUUACGAAAAAGACUGAGAAACGACGAAGAAGGUGGGGAUGAUGAGGAAAUAGUGGAAGGUGGGAAGAGCAAGAGACCAACAAAAAAAGAAAAGGAUUUAAAAAUAUCUGAAAUGGAUGACUGGAUGGACAGUGACGAUGAUAACUCAGGUAGCGAUGCCGACGAAAAUAAGAAAAACUCUGAUGAAGAGGACAAUUCCAAGAAGAAACAAAAGGGUGAUGCCCAGAAAAAGAAAAAAAAACAAAAGGCAUCCGACGAUGAAGCAUUUGAAGAAAGCGAUGAUGGAGAUGAAGAAGGGAGAGAAUGUGACUAUAUUUCUGAUUCUUCAGAUUCUGAUUCAGAAUUGGAACAACAAAAAGAAAUCAAGUCUGUUGCAGAGGAAGAUGCAUUAAGAAAAUUACUUGCCUCUGAUGAAGAUGAAGAGGAUGAAGAAAAGGCAGACAAGAAGGAGGGUGAUGAAGAUAAAGAAGAAGAAGAUGAAAAUAAGGAAAAAGAAGAGAAGGAUAAGGAUAAAACAAGUAAAGAUCCUGAAAAGAAAAGAGAUAGAAAGAAAAAGAAAAAGCAAUCUAAGAAAAAAGAUCUAAAGAAAGUUGCAUUAGGAAAGGAUUCUUCUAGCGAUUUCUCUAGUGAUUCAGGCUCAGAAUCAGAUACAGUAAAAGAGAAGGAUAAUAAAAAAUCAAAUAGUGCACAUAGUUCAAGAUCCGCAACACCUACACCUGUUGUUGCUGGAAUAUCGGAUCCUAUGAAAAGAAAGCAUUGUGGUUCUCCAGAUAUAUCACAGGCAAAAAAAUUAAAGUUGGAUAAUUUCAAUCUUGUACCAGCAACUUCUUAUAUUCCAGGAGCGAGUGAAUCUGGAAUCACGGAAGAUGCAGUUAGACGUUAUCUUAUGCGUAAACCAAUGACAACAACAGAACUUUUACAAAAGUUUAAAUCGAAAAAAACGGGCCUUACCUCUGAACAGUUGGUUAAUGUAAUGACUCAAAUUCUAAAAAAGAUUAAUCCAACCAAGCAGACAAUAAAAAAUAAAAUGUAUUUAUCUAUUAAAACGCAAUCUAAUUGAUCUUCGAUAUUUUUAUGAAAUAGUAUAAUUAUUUCAGUAUGUAUUUUGUGUAACAUUUAACAAAAACCACCAUUUAUAUACUAUUAAAAUAAAUUCAUUAAGAAAUCUGAGAUAAAAUCGUAAUUUGAAGGGGAAGUUGGUA